UGUAGCCAAGCUGUCAUUAACUUUCAAACUUUUGAAAAUUUGUCAACGAAUUUUGUGGUUCUGGACUUCUGGUUAAUACUAUUAAAAAUAGACAGUAGAGAAACUUCUUUCUAAUUGUUAAACGGUUAUAAUUAACUAUGAGUUUCAAUAGUUUCAAAACUCCUAUGAAAAAUAGGAUUCAUUCGUUACAAAAUGGAGAAUUUGGAGAAAGUCCUGGAAGGAAAAUCGUUAUACCCUCUUCACCCUCAUUAGAAAGGCUGGGGUAUGGAACAGGAGUAAGUGUCUAUUUGAUGGAGAGAGGUCCAAUUUCUGGAGGUUAUCGAUCUCCAUGGGCUGUCAAGAAAGUGGCCAAACGUUAUGACAAUCAAGAAAACCAAGACUUCAGCAAACGAUUACUGGAAGAGGCAGAAAUAUUGAAGAAGUUAGAACAUCCACAUAUUAUUGGUUUUAGGACUUUAACAAAAGCACUAGAUGGGACCUGGUGCAUGGCUAUGGAGAAAGCUGAGAACUCUUUGAUGGAUCUUAUCGAACAACGCUUGGAUAACCAAGCUGGCCCUUUCCUACCACAACAGAUUAACCGUGUAGGUGUGGAUAUUGCCAAAGCCCUGGAUUACCUACACACUGAGAAGCUUUUAAUGCAUGGCGAUAUGAAGAGUGGCAACGUGCUUAUUUUCGGUGACUUUCGUCUGGCCAAGCUGUGCGAUUUUGGCGUUACCAUGACAUUGAAUGAAGCCAACGGUCGAGUAAUACCAGAACAAUUUUAUGUCGGCACUCAAGCCUGGUCUGCUCCAGAAGUUAUCAAACUGGAUGAAACCUUUGAAAACGACGAAGUCGUCAUCACCUGCAAGGCCGACAUGUUUUCGUAUGGUUUGACCAUUUGGGAGAUGUUCAGUUUGUGUGUCCCACAUGUUGAUUUGCUCCAAGAUAACGAGGAAGAAGAAGAAGAACUCGAAGAACAAGCCGACGAGUCUUACGCAUCCGCUAUCGACGAUUUCGCAUAUCACGAAGCUCUGGGAACGCGUCCGCCCUUGCCUGAUCUACCAGAAGACUUGGACUACAGCGCAGCCGUUGCCGUUUUCAUCGCUACAACGGAAGUCGAUCCUGACAAGAGACCCCUAGCUUCCGAGGUCAUGAGUAUUUGGAAUGCUUGAAAUUGAUGACAAGAGUGCGCUCAUGCGAAAAAGAAAAGAAAAAUUCCUCUACAUAGAUUUUUUUAACGCGUGUUCUCUUUUUGUAUAUUCUCCCCUAUCUCCCUUUUUGUUUCGUUUAGAGUUCUGUGAAAUAAUAAUAGAAACUAGCGAUCGAUCCCGCA